AUGUCGGAGUCGCGUGGAGUGUUAAAUGCCAAUGACCUCUGUAUUUUGGAACCUGCCCAAUGUACAGUUCGUCAUAGAGAUUUUAUGACGAUGCAAGAUGAUGACUCUGAAGAUUUAGUCGUUGAUUUAAAUACCGGUUCGUUUGUUCCGGAACGAUUACGAAAUUGGCAAUUGAUGACUGAGGUAAUCGAUAAAUUGAACAAGCUUUGA